CUAAUAUUACCAAGACUACAGUAGUAGCAUAUUUUGUGCACGCAAAUUGAUAAACUACGAGAGUUGAAAUACAAUUGAAUGGAACAUAUCGUGUACGACGACUGCUGGCAGUUAUUGCAGCGUUUUGGACGGAUCUCUGGCGAUGCCAAUGCCCAGUUCACGCUGUUCUGCCAAUGCUGGCACGAGAUGCAGAUGCAACACAUAUACUCAGCACAGACCAACCAGAUUGAGGUGAUUGAGACCACAUUGGCGGCGCUGCAUGUUGCCAAGCGUGUGGCAUGCGGACGACAAACCAAUGGUGAACCUUUUCAAGCGACGCGAGCUCAGCGCAUUGGCGGUCUAUACUUACUUUAUGCAAUUUAUCACAAGCAACCCACAAAACAUUUUGUUAAAAUUGAGGUUUCACCACGCACUUGGGAUUCGCUUGUUGGCUUUAUCGAGCAACUUCGUCUCACGUGCUUUGAGAACCCCGAUACGCAGCAAGUGGACAUCAACGUGACAUGCCACGAGCCAAAAAUCAAAAGAGGCAGGUUGAACAGACGAAACACAAAAUAACUGAUGGAAUGGCAGUGGAACAAUUUAAAUACAAGAAAAAGGGAUAUCACAUGAACUGCAAAAAAUGUAUAAUGUCAUCUGAUAAUUUGGGGACGUUGAAUUAUGCCAGAAAAACAGAAGAAAAAAGAUAAAUAGUCUGAUGAUACUGCUGGGCGGAGCAAAUAAAAAUAAUAACGCUUACAUGUAGAGACGGCCGAGUGUAACGUACUGUCUUGUUUGGAAAAAAAACAUAUAAGAUCAAGCGCAAAACUAGGAGCAAAAGUCGCAAUCUGGGAGUGGUAUCUAUUCUUCUGGACAUUUAAUGACCAUGAUUAAAUUUUUAAUCACAAAUAGUAAAUAAGUAGCUAAUACGCUGCCAAAUAGCAACAUCUAAACACGCAUCUCACAAGAAUCUUGACAGAGCCGUUCGUGUUCACCAAACGUCCUCACACUUUUAUUGAUAAUGUGGUCUUUGGCAUGCUUUCCGAGGACAGUUAAAGCCCGGAGAGCGGUCCCAAAGUCAAAUUUGCAGCAAGCGUAGGCGUAAGUAAUGACAUAUGGAACAAACUAUAAUCUAUUACAUUUUUUCUUUUUGUGUAAUUAUUUUUUGUUUAAUGGAAAAUACAUUAUCAGAUUGCAAAUUAAUUUAUGUUCAAUAAAAAUCGUCCUUUUUGCGUGUACACUUUGUUUGUUGGUUUUCACUCUUUGAAUGCGGAGGUUAAUGGAGUUCAUUGGCGCAAGUUGGACUCAAAGUUUGAUAUGAAUUAGCAUUCGAUUCUGGGCGUUCAAGGUCGGGGAUUUAUGGUUAAUUCAUUCAAUCGUUAAUCUGGGCAAGUUUAUCACAAAACCGGAUUGCCUGACUUCUGGAUUGGUCGUCCGUUCCUAAAAUGAACGGCGGCCGCCUAGCCAGUAACCAGCAUUUGUCUAGAACUUUAAUUUCCGUGCCGGCAACAGCAGCCAUCUGGAUGAGGCCCCCAUCAUGAUGUGCGCCAAAAUCGAUGAUAGAUAGUGAUUAUGUAUUCCGUCUUAAACUUAAUGAGCAAAAUCAAUUGAUCAUCGAAUGCAUUAAACAAAGACCCAAAACUUUGUUCGACAAAAUUCAAAUUUUAGUAAGCCCCUAAAUCGCAUGCCCAACUACGCGUUAUGUGAGUUGGAAAUGAGAGUGUAUUCAACUACUUCAACGCCGACAACGACAAUGGUUGUAGAUAACUUAUUAACCAUAGGUGUAAAUAAAAAAUAAUAAACGUU